UCUCACAUUCGUUCCUCACUUAGAUAUAUAACAAUUUUCCCCCACAUUCAUCACGUUAUUUCUACUUUGAGGCAGAUCAAUCAAUAAAAUUUUCAAAAAAACAAAUAUAAGUUUGUUCUUUUUUUUGUUGCAAAGAUGAGCGGUGCUGUGUUAAGGGUUUCGAUUCCAAGCGGUGUUAGGAAGACGAUCCAGAAUAUCAAAGAGAUCACGGGUAAUCACAGUGAUGAUGAGAUUUAUGCAAUGCUUAAGGAGUGUUCUAUGGAUCCCAACGAGACUGCACAGAAGCUUCUCUUUCAGGAUACAUUUCACGAGGUUAAAAGAAAAAAGGACAAACGAAAAGAGAAUGUUAACAACAGAGAGUCUUUGGAGUCACGUCCGAGACCUGGUACUCAAGGGCGUGGGGUUAGGGGUGGUCGUGGAAAUUUUUCACCUCAUCGUAUAUUGCAUGAUGCUCGCGGUGGCAAGAAUCCUGGUACAGGAAAAGAUAAUGGGACCAACCAAGGGACCGCCAAGGGUGUGCCCCCUUUGCCUGAUCUGCAAGAGACAAAGACCGGAGAAAAAAGUUCUGUAACAAGCUCUGUUCCAGCUAUUGCCAAUGGGCCUACAACAGUUGCAUCUGGAACUACUAGUGCGGAUACUGCCCCUUCAUCGACUGGAAAUGUGGACAGAAUUAUUACAUCCGAUGGUGGUAAUAAUAGUUUGGGUGACCAUUUUCCUUCUGAUAGUUCAGACAAAGGUGCAAAAGUUGCUUUUGGAAGUGAGGCAGUGUCUUCCACCAGUGUCUGUUUCUCUUCUUCAGAUCCAGUACUGGUUCCAUCGAAUGAUUCACGUUUCCCUGGCGCUGUUGGUGCAAUUAAACGGGAAGUGGGAAGCCAACGUCCUCCUGGGGAAUUAAAUGUGGCCAAUACUUCUGAGAGCAAAACUGCUGCUUUUGAGACUGGCAGCUCUUUUCAAGGUAAGAAUCAAGGAAAAUCCCCCCCGAUAGUUGCAAAGAAUCAAGUUCCUCAGGUGUCAUCUUCAUCAACAGUAAUGCAUGGGACCACUUCAGUUAGCCGACCUUCCUCUAACCACAAUAAUCGAUCACAACAAAUAGUUGGCCUUCAGAAAGUCGGUUCCAAUAAGGAGUGGAAACCAAAGCCAACUAAUACCAUUAACCAGGGCUCUGGACCAGCUAGCGUAGUUCCUGAGUCUUCUGCCGUGUCAGCUGAAGCUGCCAAGCAUUUACCGUCUGUGUCUAAGGUCCUUGAUUCCGAGGAAGCUACUUCUGAACUGCAGAGGAAGCUGGAGGAUUUACGUCUUCCACCACGUCAACAUGUUAUUCUUCCAAACCAUAUCCUGGUGCCUGAUUCUGAAAAGAACAAGUUUAGUUUUGGGAGUCUGGGAAUAAAUUUUGGGGUUACAACAAGUUAUGUUAGCAGCCCAGAGAGCGAAAAGAGUUCAACAUCUCUUUCGAAAGUAUCUCAGGCUGUUGAAGAAACUGCAGGGGAGCAGGCCUCAAGCAAUCAAAAUGCUUCAGUUACUUCUGUGGUGGGAGAUUAUUCUGAAAAUCCACAACCAUCCACUACUACUGUCCCCGACAAUUUUUCAUCAUCCGGAGAGGUGGAUGUAGCAUCUGGUACUAUUCAGGAGGAUGAUGAGUCCAAGCACGGCGGCACUAUACCAUCUGAAGGUAAUGAAUACUCAGUGGUGCAUACUUCUCCGAACUACAAUCUAGGUUUCAUGCCCCCAAUGUUGGAAGCACAGUCUGCACAAAUUGAUAAUUCUGAGUCUCAAGCACGAGAUAUUUCUCGGCUUCAAAGCUAUGUUGUUCAUCAACAAUUUGAUCCAAAUAAUUACUACGCCCAGUUUUACCGUUCUGGUGCUGACAGUGAUGGCCGUCUUUCUCCUUUACCUUCUGCUGGGGUUACAGCCAAGUACAAUGGUGGUGUUGCAGUGCUUCCUACACCAAGUUCUCAGUCUCCUCAAGAGGGAGCUGGCUUGUCCACAGCUGGUCAGACACCUCAUGCGUCUCAAGCUUCUGGGCUCAUGCAAAAUUCAGUAGCUGCUCAGCAGCCUCUCCCAGUAUUUCGGCCUCCGAGUGGGGUUCAUAUAUCCCAUUACCCUCCUAAUUACAUCCCUUACGGCCACUAUUUUUCACCAUUCUAUGUCCCACCUCACGCAAUUCACCAAUAUUUGGGCAACGGUGCAUUUCCUCAACAACCUCAGGCAAGCUCUGUAUAUCCACCUCCUUCGGCUGUGGCUGCAAACGGAAUGAAAUAUCCCCUUCCACAGUACAAACCUGGAACAAAUGCAGCUAACUCGGCUCAUUUUGCUAUGCCGGCUGCCUAUGGUGCAUAUGGCUCUUCCCCAGCUGGUGGUUAUAAUCCUACUUCUGCAGAAACUGCAGGGAAUUCAAACUCUAAUGAGGAUCUCGGUUCCUCCCAGUUCAAGGAUAACAGUGUAUACCUCAAUGGACAACAGAGCGAAGGUUCGGCAAUGUGGGUGGCUGCAUCUGGUCGAGACAUUUCCAAUUUGCCAACCAGUUCAUUCUACAACCUUCCACCGCAGGGUCAGCAUGUGACUUAUGCCCCAACACAGGCUGGCCACGGCAAUUUUGCUGGCGUCUAUCACCCUGCACAAGCAGUGACAGCUGGAACAGUUCAUCCACUUCUGCAACAAUCCCAGACAAUGGCCGGAGCAGUUGAUAUGGUAGGUCCUGGUGGCAGCGUUUAUCAGCAACCUCAACAGCAUGCACAUCUCAACUGGCCAAGUAACUACUGAAAAAGACUUGGUGACAGAUAAACAAAAGAUAAAUUGAUCCUAUCUAGGGCAACAUUUUUGGAAACUCUAAAAAAUAUUGCUGGAGUUCCGUGUGGCGUGACAUGGCGAUUAGCUGCAUUUGAGUGUAAGAAAGUUGAAAAACUUGCCAAUAGGAUGUUCUCUGAUUGCUUGGGAUGAGGAUGUGAAGGUACUGUCCUCAUGUAAACUGAUAUUUAACCAUUAAACUUGAAAAAGUUAGAAACAAUUGCAGGCUCUCUCUUUUUCUUUUUUUUUGGUAAAUUAAGGUAUCCCCGUGCACAACUGGGGAGAUAGGCCCUCUCUCUUAUUUUGCUCCUGCUAGUUUGUGUUAUGAUUAAUUCCUUGUCAUAGCUAUAAGCUUUCCCCAUCUCUUUUACAAUUAUCCUUGGACUCUCAUUUAGAGUUUUGUUGGGUAGUGAGAAAAUGUUUAUUCUUGUUUUAGUUUAAGUUUUUUAGAGUUUGGAAGAUAUUGGUUGGUGGGGAAAGUUUUUUCUGUUGCCUUUUUCUUCUCUUUACCUGUAAAGUAAAUUUUGAUAGCAUGAAAAUUAUUUACUAAAGCUGUUCUAAUGCUAUGGAUAAAGCAAAUUGUCAUUGUUGCAGUUAA